AUGCCUUUUACAGGUCUUACUCCCGAAUAUUUCCUAGCUGAAGUUACCAGAAUGAUGCAAGCGGGGUUACAGGGCGUUAAAAUUGUCGCGACUUACAGCAAGCCUGCUCUUGAAAAGUCCACAAAUCUGACAGCAGAGGUAUUUGCUUGGAGCGUUCAAAAUCCAGGUCAAGCUGCCUGUGCGGGUCUCGGUACUACUGGGGCAUUCAUCCUGGCUGCCCCUGGCCUUGUAACAGCCCCGGUACUGUCCAUCAUAGGUGUACUGGGUAAUAUUAAAGCAGCUUCUGUAUUCGCAGUCGCCCAAAGUUCGAUAGGAAAUAUUGUAGCUGGGAGCCCCAUGGCUAUAGUGCAGAGUGCCGGUGCAGGAGGAAGUGGCUUGGCAGUUGUCAACGGAGUUGCACAGCUAGGAGGUGCUGCGAUGGCUGCAGGAAGUGCCACCCUAGCGUGGUUCAAUGCUACUUUAUGA